AAGUCCCACGGCGUCGCGAGACCAGUUUGAAAUGUCUCGACCGCGAUCCAGACGAUGACUGCGAUCCUAUGGAAGAUCCAGACUUCGGAUUUUACAUCUACUGCAAAGUAGACGACACCAAGUUAUACUUGUGCGCAGACUCGACAGACGAGAGCAAGGUUUGUCUUGUCACCAGCGUUCCUUAUCCCAACGCUUACGCUCGAUUCUACGUGGAGUUUCCGAGUACCCGCCGUUUGGCACCCGUUUCUCGUUGGGAAAAGGAUUCGUUGCACGUGUUGAGAAAGACUGCGUACAUGAAACGACGUCAGUAUCUUGUCAUUGAUGCACAGACUAGACAGCUGUCGUUUACCUCUGGAGAAGAACUUGAUCGUAAUCAGAGAGUGAGAUGUCAGUUUGCUGUUGAACAUAUGCCAAUUGCAAAGAGCAACGAGAAGAGAAAUGAGAAAUGACUUUUAUUAUGAAUCCAGAAAAACUGAUUUUAAUACUUGAUGUUGGUAUUUUCUGGUAUUUCACUUGUAGAAGGCUUAAUUCUAUCAUGACCGUUGUUACUCUUAAUCAUUUUUGUUAAAUCGCAUUACAUUUUUAUUUCGUGAUGCAAUGAUGGUGCAAUUGACACGGAGUGUCUAUUAAGAAUAUUUUGUGAAGGCUUCAACCGUGUGUUUAUAGCACUAGCCUGCAA